AUGGCGCAUGAGUCACACUUGUACGAUGUAGUUGGUCAUCUCGGGGAUCCGCAGCACUUUCGACUCAUAUCCAAAUCCAUCCCCGAACUGACGCUUCGCAUUCCACGUACUGUCGAUAUUCCCGCCGUGAUGGACAUUUUGAUGAACAAAGCAAAUUCCGAGUUCGACAAGUCUAUCUCCGAGGCUACGGCCGAGGAACUUCAAGCCAUCGCCCAGCGGUGGACCACGGUCGUCGAUCCCCUGACGCACAUCAACUUUCUGGUGUGGAAGAACGAACAGCCCCUGGGAAUUGCAGGCCUAGGCUGGAUCGGUCCCGUCGCUGACCAUGAUGACGGCUCAUCUAAUCCGGCCGAAAGAGCUGGUGCGGCUGGAGUGAUACUGCAACCGUUUGCCAGAGGCAAUGGGUAUGCCUAUGAGGCGCUGCGACUCGUUUUUGAGUACGGACUGCAUGAGCUGGGCCUGGUGGAGAUCCGCGUGGGUAGCCACUCCGGCAAUCUGCCUAUGCGGGGCUUGAUGGAGAAACGGUUUGGGCUGCAGCCGGAAAGGAAGGCAGAGAGCUCCGGGGUGGACAAAUUUGGAAAUGAUCUCUUGUGGGUGGUGAAAUGA